UUCGUGGGUUGUUCGUUUAAAAUGAAAAAAGCGAAAAGUACCGUUUCCAAGGAAAAAAAGAAAAAAAAGCUCGAAAAGAAGUCACGAAUGCAGUAUUCGAAGGAGAAGAUGGUACUGGCCGUAGAAGAGGUUAAACGAGGCAGUUCCAUUAUUGCCUCGGCAAGGAAAUUCGCAGUGCCUGAAUCGACGCUCAGGGCAAAACUACAAAACAAAUACAACGACAAAAAGCCUGGGCCAUCUUCCUUCUUGUCUCAAGAGCAGGAAAAGGAAAUCGUUGAUUGGUUGUUUUGCUGCUCCAAAGCUGGUUUUCCAAUCACAAAAUCUCAGUUGUUGCAAAGUGUGCAGGCAUUUUGUGUUAAUUUGAAGAUCAAAAACCCGUUUACAGACAAUAAACCGGGAAGGAGUUGGUAUGGGUCUUUUGUCAAGCGUCAUCCGGAAAUAUCAGUGAGAAUCUUGGAAAACGUCAAUUUGAAUAAAGCAAAAGUCUCAGAAGAUACAUUAAAACAGUGGUUCACUAAAACAUCUGAAUAUUUGAGUAGUGAAAAUGUAUUGGAUAUUGAACCAAACAGAAUAUUUACUUCGGAUAAAACAGGAAUCUCAAUUGUCUUGGCAUCUACAAAAUCUAAAAACAGAAAUAAGAGGGAAGAAAAUAUUAAAGUUUUGGUGACAGGCAACGCUGCAGGAGAUCUUGCGCCCACUUUCAUACUCUUCACUGGGAAAUCAAUACCUAAAAAUGCUGCUUUAAAUGCUCCACCAGAUUUUUCAUUUGGAUGCAAUGAAAGUGGCUGGAUGUUAGCCAAAACAUUCUACGAUUACAUGGUAAACAAGUUUGAACCAUGGUUGACUGAAAAAAAAAUUGAACGACCAGUUGUAUUUUUCAUCGAUGGUCAUUCGUCGUAUAUCACACUGCCACUGAGCAAAUUCUGUUCUGAGCACAAAAUUGUACUUGUUGCUCUACAUCCAAAUGCCACGCACUUGCUACAACCUCUUGACGUGUCGUUCUUCAACUCAUUGAAAAAUCACUGGCAACAAAUCCAUGGUCAAGUUUGUGAAAACUCUGCAUCCAAAUGUAUAAAAAAAAAUCAAUUUGCUCAAAUUUUGAAAUCGACAUUGGGUAAUUUAGAUGUGAAAAAACUGCUUCAAAGUGGUUUUCAAAAAUGUGGCUUAUAUCCAUUAGAUGCAGAAGCUCCCGAUUACAAACCUUUAUAUCCAAGCAAUCCUCGAGUUGAAGAUGUUGAAGUGAUCGAAAGGUAUUUAAGUACCGAUCAACUACAACGAUUCAGAGAUAAUGAAGAUUUCCAUUGGAUAGGCCCAGCUGAGGAUAAAAAUCUUUUUACCGUAUGGUGCCAAGCAAAACUAUCGAGCGGGAAUUUGAAUGAUCCGACAGAUUUGAAGGAAAACGAAGGUCCCGAAACUUCUGUCGAUCAAGUAUUCAGUGAAUGCGUUUCGAAUGAUUCAAAAGUAUCUCUUAUAGCCAAUAAUGAUGUAAAUAAUUUGUUCUAUACUACACAUAAUUCAGUGAUAAGUCUUAUGGAUAAUACCAACAGCCAAAAUAUAAGUAAUAAAAGUGAUAUUUACAAGAAUCCACUUAUUAAUAAGUAUAAUAAUACAUUGGAAAUAUCAGUAAAGGAAUAUUUAACUUGGUCUACUGAUAGUAAACUUAAUUCUACCAGUAAGAUAUCCAAACAAAGGUUGAAGCUACCUCUAAUCGUAUCUGGAGAUGAAUGGCAAAAGUUACAAGAGACAAAAGAAAAUGAAAACGAAUAA